AGAAUAGAAUCUUUAUAUUUCAUACUUAGAAAUUCGUCGAAUCCUUAACUUUAAAUAAAUUUUUAUAUACUAUAUACAUGCCCGCUGAUGAAAAGUAUAAACCGGGAGAUGGUUGGAGGAGUAUGAAAACUACAUCCCUUUUCCGGGCAGCUAACUUUGAAUUAUAUGCAAAAACGAAUCCUGUAACAAUGGUUCUAGGCGUAACAGCAUUUGUUGGAUGUGUAGGAUAUAUAGCAUAUAUGAGAUUUAAAUACGAUAAAAGUAAUUCAUACGCUGCACUCCAAGAAGAUGGCUCUUUUAUACAGAGGGAACGAAAAUCACGUUGGGAUUGAAAUAUAAAAACAAAGAUUAAAAAAGAAGAUUGUAAAUAUAAAUAACUUUAAAGAUGGAAAAAAAUGAAUCAUAAGUGAAAUUUUUAGACUUAUUACAGAUUUCUCUAUGUGAUAUUAAAUUUAAUUAAAUUUCCAGUUGAUUUCAUAUAUUAAAGAGAAGCUUUCAAAGGAUCGCAUUAUAAAAAUAUUUUCUAAUAGU